AUGCCGAUGACAGCCUCCGUCUCCAUGACCUCUGUGGGGCCAACUUCUUCCUACGAAUACAACUCCAUCUUCGGCACCAGCACAUCCUCUAGCACGGCCGCUUCAGACACCGACUCCGAUGAAUACCCCGUAUUCCCAAACGGCGCGUAUAUCUCCAGGUUCUAUAUUGUCUCAUCCCAGGACUCUGGUCUAACGGAUCUUGACAUUGAUCUCUACAAUGAAUGCUACCUGCCGUAUAAUGCAUUGCCGCACCAUAAUUUCCGCAGGGAUGAUGCAAUAUCCCCCAAGCCUACCUAUCAGAUCGAUGAGGCUCCUUGUAAACGACAAGCGGCGAUUAAUGCUAAUUGCUACUUCGACAACACAAACGGAACGUUUUCGGGCCUUCAGCUGUAUUCGGGUGAUUGGGAUGUCCAGCAGCAAUGCUACUGUGGCAUAUACCCUUUCUUUGACUCAGCAGUUGGUUGUCAGGAGUGUUUCAGAAAGCAUGGAGGCAUUGAGGGCUAUCACUGGUUUCCUGAGAGUUACGUGAUGGGGGUUUCUAGCGCCUACUGUAGCGCCGAUCCCCAAACGACAGGAUUCUAUCCUUUCGCAGCUCAGUGGUCAAAGACAUCGGCGGCUAAUUUGCCGACUAGCACUGCUGUUGACAGCUUAGGCACGCAGACAGCUGCUAGUCUUUACUACACGUACGCUGCGGAAAAUACAGCUAUCGGUGAUAGUGGCAGCGAUAAAAGCAGUGUUGGAGCAAGCACGCGCCUGAGCUUGAGGAGAGCCCUAAUGGCCGCUCUUCCACUAGUGUUAAUGCUAUCUCGAUGA